CCGAUGAAAUAUCGCGGAGGCAAAUCUAAGAAAGGUGGAGACUUCGGGAUAACUUCCUGCACAGUACUCUGAAGAAUCAUACCUCGUACUUAAACGACAGGCCAACGUCAAAACCAAGUCGAAUGGAUUAGUAACGCAAAUAAACUCGCUAACAAGCACUUCAUCAACACGAUUCCACGCACAAGUAGGAUUUAACGCUAGCAUCCAGCCUGCUAGCUAACAUCAGCUACCAGGACGGCAGAUUGUACACAUCAGAUCAAGACGGUCUCGUAGCGAAGGACAGUAUGGUUGAGGUGGUGGUGGAGUUUGAGUAUGAAGCCACCCACGAAGAUGAGUUGACCCUCAGACUUGGAGAUGUGAUCAGAAAUGUGCGACGGAUUGAGGAGGAGGGAUGGAUGGAGGGAGACCUCAACGGGAAGCGAGGCCUUUUCCCAGACAACUUUGUAAAGGAGGUGAAAAAAGAUGAGCCAAAGGAGGCUAAAGAAGUGAAGGAGGUGAAAGAUGAGACUCCGAUACAGCGGCGAGCAUCAGGGAAUGUGGCGAGCCUGGUGCAAAGGAUCAGUACCUACGGCAUCCCGGCAGGAGGAAUUGGCUUACAACCUCGUUCUCAGCCCCGUGCCUCAAAAAAGAAGCCCAAGAAGCGUCAGUGCAAAGUCCUGUUUGAAUAUGUGCCUCAGAAUGAAGACGAACUGGAACUGAAGAUUGGAGAUAUCAUUGACAUCACUCAGGAGGUUGAGGAGGGCUGGUGGAGCGGAAGCAUGAAUGGGAAGUCAGGGCUCUUUCCUUCCAACUUCGUCAAAGAAAUAGAAUCAGCUGAAGAGACAGAGCCAGAGACCAGCGACGUAACAGAUGAGCCAGAUAACAGAGAUGGAGCGUCUAGCCCCACAUCCCCUCACCAAGGCAAUGGAGUCAUGGCCCAACCGAAGAAGAUCAAGGGCAUCGGCUUUGGUGACAUAUUCAGAGAGGGCUCUGUAAAACUCAGAGUCUCUCAAAGAUUACCAUCUGACAAUGAGGAAAAGAAAGAAAAACCAAUUCCGUCAUUACCAUCAGCCACAAAACCCACCCCUUUGAGCACCCCUGAACCCCCUAAAGGAGAAAAAGAGGCAGAGAGCAAAGGAAAAGUAAAAGAAUAUUGCAAGGCCAAAUUCCCCUUUGAAGCAACUAACCAAGAUGAGCUGGAUUUAAAGGAGGGUGACAUCAUCCACAUACUGAGCAAGAACACAGGAGAGCCAGGCUGGUGGAGAGGAGAGAUCAACGGCAAGGAGGGAGUUUUCCCAGACAACUUUGUAACUCUGCUUCCUGAGACAGACAAAGAGACAUUCACAUCCAAAGGCUCCGUUAAAGCGUCUCCUAAACAGGAACCAGAGGAGAAGCCAAAGAAGCCCCCACCACCAUCCAAAACCCCAGUCCUGAAACCAGAGGCCCCCAGUGCGGACAAGAAACAACCGCAGCCACGACCUGAAGAUAAAGCUUUAAUGGGACUGCUGCGUCCUUCCAUCCAGACAAAACGACCCGACUUGCCUCUCACUCCAUCACCAGCCGCCAAGCAAGUGCAAAAUGGAGAAGUUCCUAUUAUACGAACAAAACCAGAGAGCGAACCUGUACCCAUUAAGCCAAAAACCAUUGUGGACAGCAGUGAGAAGAAUUCAGAUAUAGUUAAUCUCAUGAGUUUUGACGAUGUCUCCUCUGCCUCGGAGAAGUUAAACCACCCUACCACACAGCGACCAAAGAUGCCUGGCAAAAGACUGCCUGGACACAGAGGCCACUCCCCGAGCAAGGAGACCGGUGAGAAAGCUGAGAAAAUCGAGAAAGUGGAUGACGUUGCACCUUCCACACAAAAUUCGUUUAAGAUGUCUGUCUCAUCACCCUUACCAUCUAUGGUGCCUAAAACCAUUUCAGCAACCCAUAUCACCCCUGAGCUCAAACCAAAACUUGACAAGGAAGAGGAGAAAGGAUCUGAACUUGAGGAACUGAAGGCUCAGAUGAAGGAGCUAGUACUGUCUAUAGAGUUACUGAAGACACAACAGUCGAGAGAGCUCAAUGAACUCCGAAAAGAGCUGGAUGAUGAACGACUCAAACGGGUGGCCCUGCAGAUGGAGAUAGAAAAAAUAAAGAAGAUUGUACAAUCAACAUGAAAUAAAAUCUGGCAUCCUGAACUGGACUAAUGGCUCCACUGUCGCAUCACGAGUGGAAAGUGACCUCCAGAUGGAGGGACGGAUAUCGUUCACAUCAUCUUUACACUCACUGACUUACUCCAUGAUUUGUAAGAUUCAAAUAUUUUGCACAUGAUGAGGUUUUUUCUAGGUUUAGAAAAGUGUAAUUAUGACCGAUGUAUAUGUUUGUUUUCCUCUUUGUUUUUUUUGUUUUUUUUUGCCAACAAAAAUGAUCGAGGCCUUACUAUUACUACUGUGCUGGAUAUGCAGUCUGUGCACUUAUUGAGAUGUGCAGUGGAUUAUGCAUUCGAUACUACUGAGUUACUGAGUCUGUUGGGGGAUUAUGUUGUUUCCUUGUUUUUUACGAUGGGUUAGUUU